UAUCAAUUGCUGCAGUUAUCAGCCAACGUUCGUUGGUCAUCAGUAGUGAGUUUUUAUAUCCAACAAAUUUAACUGAAUAAAUCUGGACUCAAAAAAAAAACAUUGUGUGAUAAAUAUUCAAAAUGGAUAUUUACAUUACAUCUUCAUUAAUAAUUGGCUUUCUGUUAGUAGUUUAUUACUACUUGGCUCAAAAAUUAAAAUACUGGGAAAAAAGAAAAAUACCUACAGCAACGACUAAAUAUGUUCCAUUUUUCGGACACUUGUGGCCACUCAUAACAUGUCAAAAAAGUCUCGGCAAUAUCUAUGAAGAUUGUUAUAACUCAGCACCUAAUAGCAGCAUGGUUGGUGUCUAUAAUUUUGGAACUCCUGAAUUAUUACUUCGUGAUCCAGAAUUGAUAAAAACCGUUCUUCAAACCAAUUUUGUUAGUUUUGGAAGGACUAUGGAUUUCAUAGAUCACGAUAAAGAACCACUACUAAGCAAGAAUCCAUUUUUCAAUGAAGGAGAAGAAUGGAAGAAACAACGUUCAAUAUUGACAAAUACAAUGUCUACAGCAAAAUUAAAAAAUAUGGCAAUGGGAAUGAAUGAAGUUUAUGUUAAAUUAGAUACAUAUCUUCAAGAAAAGAUCAAAUUGAAUGCAGGAUUUUAUGAAGUUAAAGGAGAAGACCUGUUUGGACGAUUCACAUCUGAAGUUGUAGCUAAGGUGGGCUUCGGAAUCGAUGGGAAUUCAUUCACAGACAAUCCAGGAAAUUUCUUUGAACUGGUUAAGAAGGUAUUUGAACCAACUGGUCUAAAAGCAUUCAAACAAUUAAUCGCAUUUUUUUUUCCGCCACUUGGUAAAAUUGUUGAUGUUAGAUUUAUUCCUACUGAGCUAGAUAAGUACCUCAGAAGUGUAGUAAGAGAGAUUUUAGACGUUAGAAAGAAGAGUGGCAUUCGCGGCAAUGAUUUCAUUCAACAAAUAAAUGAUGUUUUCGAAUCAGAUUCACAAGAAUUUGAUGAGCUUAGUGUAACAGCAUAUGCAGUAUCAUUUAUGAUUGAUGGAUACCUCACAACAAGCUUCACUCUAAGUGUAAUAGCACUCGAAUUAGCUGUUUAUCCUGAAAUUCAAGAAAAAUUGAGAAAAGAGAUCAAAGAUGUCUUGAAACAUCAUGAGAAUAAAAUUACCUAUGAAACUAUUCAAGACAUGAAAUACAUGGACUUGGUAAUUCACGAGUCAAUGAGAUUUCGAUCAGUACUGUCGACAUUUACAAGAGUAUGCACUGAAGAAUUUAAACUUGCUGGCAAUGAUGGUCUUGAGUGUGUCGUUCAACCUAACAGUAAAAUAGUUGUAUGUCCGGUUGGAUUACACACUGAUCCUAAGUAUUGGGAGAAUCCUCAAAUAUUUAAUCCUGACCGUUUCAAGGAUGGAAAUAAUAAUUUCAAUAAAUAUGUCUUUUUUCCUUUCGGAGUUGGUCCCAGGAUAUGUCCUGGUCAGAGAAUGGCUAUGUUGCAAAUGAAAGGUGCUUUAACAAAACUUCUGGAUAAUUAUUCUUUAGAGCUCUCAUCCAAGAUGAAACUGCCUAUUGUUGAUGAUGUAACAAGUAUGCUUAAUACUGCAAAAGGUGGAACUUGGCUCAAAAUUAAACCUUUAUAUAAAGAAUCAAAAAUGGAAUUAUUAAAAUUAUUUCUCUGUGCAAUUACAGUUAUUAUAAUCUACUUAGUGAUUUAUUUAUAUAAACAAAAAAUACCAUGUUUAGAUAAACGAAUUCCAUGUGUGAGUGGUGUACUGCCAUUAAUUGGACAUAAUUUACCAAUAAUAAUAAUGAAAGAGAGUUUUAUAAUAAUGUUUUAUAAAUUUUAUAACCAACUACCAGAUAGCAGUAUCAUUAGCUACUACAACUUUCGAACUCCAGGAAUAAUAAUCCGUGAUCCGGAAUUAGUUAAAACGAUCAUGUUAAGUGGAUUCGAUAAGUUUAGUAAAAACACAUCGACAUUAGAUGCUAAUUUAGAUCCAUUACUAGCAACGAAUCCUUUUUUCGUUGAUGGUGAUGAAUGGAAAACCAAUAGAACUAUCUUACUACAUGGAUUAUCCAGUCGAAAACUUAAGCUAAUGGCUCUUCAAAUUCGUGAUGUUAGUGCUAAAUUCACAGCAUAUCUUAAAUCAGAGACGAAUGGACAGGAUACAAUCUCAGUUAAUUCUAUAGAGUUACUGUCUCGUUUUACUGCAGAAGUUGUGGCAAUUGCAGCGUUUGGAAUUGAUGGAAAAUCAUUUACUAAAGAACCUCGAACUUUUGAGACUAUGAUAAGACCGAUGCUAAAGCCAGGAAGUUCUAAAGAGUUUAUCCACAUUUUGACAUUUUUUUUUCCUAUUUUAGCUAAAUUGUUUAAAAUUCGAUUCAUGCCUAAAGAAAUAAAUGAUUAUUUCUGUUUUAUUGUUGAAAGUGUUUUAGAAUCAAGAAAGAAGAGCCUAAAAUAUACUGAUGACUUCCUUCACCAAGUUUCAGAAAUGUGUAGAACUUCAUUAACUGACGUUGUUGAUACGCAUGCAGUAACUUCACAUGCAGCUUCUGUUUACCUUGAUGGAUAUAUUACUUCAAGCAUUGCAUUAAUACUAAGUGCUUAUCAAAUCGCAGCACACCCUGAAGUUCAAGAUAAAGUUCGUCAAGAAGUGAGAGAAGUUUUUAAAAAAUACCCUGAUGGAAUAUCGUAUGAGAUGCUUCAGGAUAUGAAAUAUUUAGAACAAGUUAUCAACGAAUCGUUAAGGAUAUUUCCACCACUUGGAUAUUUAGGGAAAGUUUGUACUGAAGAAUUCAAAUUAGUAGGUAAUGAUGGCUUAGAAUGUGUGGUUUACCCAGGAACAGAAGUGAUAAUUCCUGUUAUGGCAUUACACCACGAUUCAAAGUUCUGGGAAAACCCAGAUGAAUUUGAUCCAGAUCGAUUUAGUGAGGAAAAGAAAAAUAACCACCACAAAUACGUUCAUUUGCCAUUUGGAACUGGACCUAGAAUAUGUGUGGGAAGAAGACUGGCUCUGAUGCAGAUAAAAGCAGCUCUUGCUACAUUAAUACGGGACUAUGCUAUCGAUGUUCAUCCAAAAACCGAUGAACCUAUUAGAGUUCAUCCUUUAUCAGGACUCUUUACAAGUCCUCAUUGUGAAAUCUGGCUUCGCAUCAAGCCUCUUUCAAAAGAAUAAUUGAAAAAUGUACUGAUUGGAUUGAAAAAAAAAUUUAUAUGAUAACGAAUGAAUGAAUUGAAGUGAAAAUUAGUUGCUCUAGAUUUUUUAACAAAGAAAUAAAUUAAGUAAUAAUUAAUAUUUCAAUGUAGUGAUUUUUAAUAGUAUAACAUUUUAUAUAAUAUUCAUGAAAACAUUAUGCAGAGGAAAAAAAACCAGUUAUCAUAAAAAACUUUUCUUGAUAUUCAUCUAUAUAUACUUCUUUUUAUUGAUUUAUCUUUUUCAAUUUAUUGCUAAAAAAAUGUUCGAAAAAAGUAUUUACAUAAAU